AGUGUCCCGUGUGCACCAAUUCUAUGUAUCCACCUAUUCAUCAGGUUUGUCAUCUCAACUGAAGAGGAGAAUAUGGGUAAAUGUUGUGCGGAACCCACCAGGAUGUAGCUCUGAGAAAUGAACUGUAUAUGUGCCCAAACGGACAUACAUUGUGUUCCAACUGCAAACAAAGGGUACACAAUCGCUGCCCAACUUGCAGGUACGAGCUCGGCAAUAUCCGCUGUCUGGCUCUUGAAAAAGUGGCAGAAUCUCUCGAAUUGCCAUGUAGGUACCAAAGUCUGGGGUGUCCAGACAUAUUCCCUUAUUACAGUAAACUCAAGCACGAGGCUCAGUGCACAUACCGGCCCUACAAUUGUCCAUAUGCCGGAUCAGAGUGCUCAGUAACUGGGGACAUUGAAUGGCUUGUGGCUCAUUUAAGAGAUGAACACAAAGUUGAUAUGCAUAAUGGAUUCACCUUUAAUCAUCGCUAUGUGAAGUCUAAUCCACAAGAGGUCGAGAACGCUACUUGGAUGCUGACGGUAUUCAAUUGCUUUGGUCAGCAUUUCUGUCUUCAUUUCGAGGCUUUUCAGCUUGGGAUGGCCCCUGUCUACAUGGCUUUCUUGCGGUUUAUGGGGGACGACAAUGAAGCGAAGAAUUUCAGCUACAGCUUGGAGGUUGGAGCGAACGGACGAAAGUUGGUUUGGCAAGGUGUACCUCGUAGUAUUCGUGACAGUCACCGAAAAGUUCGCGACAGUCAUGAUGGUCUCAUUAUUCAAAGGAAUAUGGCUCUUUUUUUCUCAGGUGGUGAUCGUAAAGAACUUAAACUUAGGGUGACAGGUCGUAUCUGGAAAGAGCAGUAGAUUCUUUUUACCAUGCCUUGAUGGAGCAUUUUCUGAGGCUGCUGCACUUUGUUGCAGUUCAAUGCUACAGCAGGAUUUCAGAAGCACAUAUCUUGGGCAAGCAGAAUGUUUUCUGGACUCAGUUGUCUGCUGUGGGAAUUCAGAACUCGCCCCGCCCCAUGACUUCCGUAUAUAGUAGUAUCGUAGGUUUCCUCGCUUUGUCUCCGUCUUUAAUUCUAUCGGAUUUUUUUUUUUUUUUUUUUUUUUUUGUUUCUCUUAACUGUCUGCCAUACAGAAAUCUGGUUCUGGGAACUCAACCCUGAUGUAGGUGCUUAGUAAAGAUUGACAUUGAAUUCCUCGGCAAUCCCAAUGAAAUGACGGGUUUUGGCAAGUUCCUUAAUUGUAUUUUAAGCCUGUAAGCUCUGCUGGACAUCGAUGUCUCGGUCUUUCUUUUUGCUGGUUAUUCCAACAAAAGUACUGCUGCAUGGCAUACCAUGAUCUGUCGAGGUCCGAAUGGUAGUGCCUCUAGCCUGGAGUCAUAACACUUCGGCCUCAGGUAACCUCCUCAGUGAAGGUGAAUUCGGUUUAAUUAGUUCUCAUUUAUUUAGGAAAUUGUAGGUUAAGAUUUUCAUAACGGGCUUAUCAGACCUGCUAUUUUAUGAACUACUUCAUACAUGAGACGUGCAAGAAGGCAUUGAUACGUGUUGUCAAGGCAUUAGACCUCUACAGUAUCUCUAACCCAUAAUGGUUUUAUCACUACGGCAUAUAGUGCAUAGAUCUUUAUUCACGCAGGUUGCUUACUCGGCAGUUCUAUGUCCUGGCGGUUUUGGUGGUGAUGAGUGAGAUUCUUUCCCAGGGUAGUAGACUGCUGGGCAAGCAGUUUGUAUGAAAACAGACUCUAGUCCUUGCGCAUAGACUAGUGGAUAGGCCAUGUCAAGUCUGAUAGGGUGCAUGCAUUCGUAGCUGUUAGGAUACAGAUUGCCAAGAUGCAGCAACCUGAGGGAUGUGUCUAGUUGAGAAAUUAAUUCUGCUUGUAAAUAUUUAUGAAGUGGCACCUAGCAGGUGGGCUUCAAGAAUGACUACUUUACAGAGUAAAAAUAACGAAUUCUGAUUUA